AUGUCGGUAUCCUUCACAUCCAGAUUGCUCCGUCGGCGAGCCUUCGCUCAGUUCUCCAACCGCAACUUCAGCUCCUCUUCUCGAGCUUGCGCAGACCAGGUUCGAAUCAUUGAAGUAGGACCACGCGAUGGCCUCCAGAACGAAAAGACCAGCAUACCGGUUGAGACCAAGAUCGAGUUGAUUAAUAGGCUGGCAAGGACAGGCUUGAAUACGAUCGAGGCUGGCUCAUUCGUGCACCCGAAAUGGGUCCCUCAGAUGGCGGCGAGCGACCAGGUCCUUUCGAGCAUACUCAAGAGCCCUCCAUCGUCUCAACUACCAAUCACAUAUCAGUGGCUGCUGCCAAACUCGAAAGGCCUCGAGAAUUACUUCAAAGUGAUGAACACUUCUCCGUCCGCCCCAGAUGGCUACCCUACACCUCCACCGUCCCCGAAGAUGGACGACGGUCCCGCGUUGAACACGUCCUCUCAAGACCCCAACGCGAUGCCAGCCACCACGUCAGGCGUGGACAGCAUGUCAACAUCGAGGACGGAGGGUGGACAGAGGCAUGAGGUUUCGAUAUUUAUGGCGGCUACCGAGUCGUUUAGCAAGAAAAACACAAAUUGCAGCAUACAGGAGAGUCUGGACAGGUUCAGACCACUGAUGGCGGAAAGUCGCAAGCAGAAUUACCCAGUCAGAGCGUAUAUCUCGGUCGCACUAGGGUGCCCAUUCGAGGGUGCCGUGGAUCCUCAUAAAGUGGCGGAGAUAGCCACUGAUCUGAUGGAGAUGGGCGCGGACGAGGUUAGCGUCGCCGACACCACUGGCAUGGGCACUGCACCAGCUACCCGGAAGCUCCUGCAAACGCUCAAGGAAGCCGGCAUCAGGAACGAAGACAUCGCCAUGCACUUCCAUGACACGUUCGGCCAAGCCCUGAUCAACACGAUGGUGUCGCUUGAUCAUGGUAUCAGAGCGUUUGACUCCGCCGUUGGGGGUCUGGGUGGCUGCCCAUAUUCACCCGGUGCGACUGGUAAUGUGGCGACGGAAGAUCUGGUAUACUCGCUGCAUACGUUGGGUGCCGACACCGGUGUUGAUUUGGACGAAGUCAGCAGGAUAGGAGACUGGAUCACUGGUCAGAUUGGAAAGUCCAAUAGCUCUUCUGCGGGAAAGGCUACUCUGGCAAGACUAAAGCGAGAAGGGCAGGCUUAA